GUGACAGUUUCACCAGAGGUUUCCUGCUGGUUGGUGUGUGGUGAGCGUCGGAAACCUCAGAGCCCUCAGACUUCCCUUUGUGGGGAGCCCGCCCCAUCUCCAUCCUUUGCUGGCAGCCACGCCCCACGGUGGGAAGGAGAAACUGGAAAGCGUUUCCUUGAGGCUGGCACACCUUGCUCAGCCUGAACCGGUCAUUUUUCACUCCCCUGACUGGGCCAGUUCCAUCUGAAACCGGACCGACCGGAGGAGGGACACGAGAAUGGGAGAAAGAGAAGAUGGCUUGGUGCUGACACUUUAAUAUAUGUCCUGGUCAGAAUGUGAGCAGAAUCAUUCAAUCCUUGGAAAUUACUCAAGGUUGUGGUUGAGUUCUGGGCAUUUUCUGUGGGCCUAGCAGAGAAGCAGCAGCCCUGUAGCAAUGGGUGAGAAGAGGGGUAUGGCACGGAUGCUACUGGAAUGCAGUCUCAGCGACAAAUUGUGUGUGGUCCAGGAGCAGCAGUAUGAAGUGAUCAUUGUCCCGACUCUCCUGGUUGGCCUCUUCCUCAUCCUUCUUGCAGUCAUCUUGUGGCUUUUUAUAAGAGAACAAAGAUCCCAACAGCAGCGUCCUGGAAUUCGAGGCAGUGCUGCUGGGCCUCCAUCUAGGAGUCCAAGUUGGGAAGCAACAGGACGUGGAGGAAAAGUGCUGGUGCCACUUAAGGAGACAUCAGUGGAAAGUUUUCUGAGGGCUUCCACAUCUGCCUUGUCUAAGCUGCAGGUGCCCCGAGAGCAAUUCUCAGAAGUUUUGGAGCAGAUCUAUAAUGGCAGUUAUGGGAUCAUCUAUCGAGCCAAGAUGUGUACUGGGGACCCUGCUAAGCCCAAAAAUAUUGUCCUCAAGACUUUAAAAGAACCUGCUGGGCUCCAUGAGGUGCAGGAUUUUGUAGGACGAAUCCAGUUCUAUCAGUACCUGGGGAAACACAAGAACCUAGUACAACUGGAAGGCUGCUGCACAGAUAGACUGCCACUCUAUAUGGUGUUGGAGGAUGUGGCCCAGGGGGACCUGCUCAGCUUUCUCUGGACCUGUCGCCGGGAUGUGAUGACCAUGGAUGGUCUUCUCUAUGAUCUCACAGAAAAGCAAGUCUAUCACAUUGGAAAGCAGGUCCUUUUGGGUCUGGAAUUUCUGCAGGAUAAGCAUCUGUUCCAUGGGGAUGUGGCAGCCAGGAAUAUCCUGAUCCAAAGUGAUCUGACUGCUAAACUCUGUGGAUUGGGCUUGGCUUAUGAAGUUCAUGCCCUUGGAGCCAUCUCUUCUGCUCGGACCAUCCCUCUCAAGUGGCUUGCCCCAGAACGGCUUCUCCUGAGACCUGCUGGCAUCAGAGGAGACAUCUGGUCCUUUGGGAUCCUGCUUUAUGAGAUGGUGACUCUAGGGGCACCACCAUAUCCUGAAGUCCCUCCUACCAGCAUUCUACAGUAUCUUCAGAGAAGAAAAAUCAUGAAGAGACCCAGUAGCUGCACACAUACUAUGUACAAUAUUAUGAAGUCCUGUUGGCGUUGGAGUGAGGACACUCGUCCCUCACCCAGAGAGCUGCGCUUUCGCCUAGAAGGUGCUGCUAGAACUGCUGAUGACAAGACUGUUCUGCAAGUACCAGAGUUGGUGGUGCCUGAACUAUAUGCAUCUGUGGCUGGUAUCAGUAUAGAAAGCCUUUCCUAUAGCUACAGCAUCCUUUGAAGGCUUCCAGCUGGAUACAUUUAUAUGUGAUUCUAUUUUCUUGAAACCAAUUCCUCCAAGAACACUCUAGUGGGAAAGGGAGAUAAAGGACAUAGAUCCUAGUUAUUUCCCUACAUAUAUUGCUAGAAAUGUGAAGUGAUGCUGGUUGAUGCUCUUCACACCACAUACCCUUGAACUGAGAAAUACUGUCAGUCUCAUUUUUUUCUAUCUCAGUCCUAAAAACCCUGGGUAGAAGUGGAGAAUGUGUCAAUGCAAAGGAGGCUUGAAAAAUCUGCAACUUAAAAAAACAAAAAAAAAACUUCAGUGUUUGUUGGGGUAUAGCACAAAUAGGCUAGUCCUUCUCAUCCUAGGCUUGCUUACUCCUUAACAAUAUUUUUAUCUACUAUUACAAGGUUCAAAGAAACUAGGAAUGAAAUGAAGAAAUAGAAAUCUAAUAAAGGAGGUGAUGAGGAGAUUUAAGAUUUUUAUUUGCUCAAGAGUAUAGCUGUGGACCAAAAUCUCCUUCAAAGGGAAGCUUGAGGGGACAUAAAAUUUCCCACUCCUGGUCCUUACAUGAAGAGUUGAAGAACUUUGAAGGAAAGAUUCUGAGUUCUCCUUGAGUAUAGAUAUAAGAAAAAUAGUACCCUUUUUAUCUAAUUCUGAGUCAAGUAAACCCUGUUUGGGUACUACUUUUGAUCAGAAGCUGGAGGAAUUGUUCUAUGAUUAAGAACAUCCAACAAGUAUUGUUCAUCAGGUUUAUUUUCCAUUCUCCACAAGACUAAGGACAGUAAACCUAGAAAAUCAAAGUGAGAUGAAUGAUGGUAAUGUUGUGUGUGUGUGUGUGUGUGUGUGUGUGUGUGAUAACAAAGGUAGAAACCAAGCAAGAAGUCUUAGUAGCUCAGAUGGUCAUUAAAACGGGCUAGUCAAGAAUGUGAUCUGAUACAGGAUGGUUAACUUUUAAUUUUCAAGAUCCAUUGAUUUACUGUGAAACUUAUUUCAUUAAAUUAAUAUUUAUUGAGUGGAAGUAGGCUUUUCUGAUAUAUAGCUACCAAAUUUUCUAAAAUAGGGAAGAUAGAAGCAAAUAACUGGAAAUUCAUGUUAAUAGGAAAAUUUAAGCGACAACCUACAAUGUCAGAAAAAGAUUUUUUUUGCAUGUAAAAUGGGAAGACUAUCUCGCUGCAUUGUGAUGAGGAUCAAUAAGUAUUUGUACAGUAUCUGGUAUAUGUAUGCGCUUAAUAAAUAUAGUUUCCUUUAUUUUGCCUUUCCUAACCUAGGAACUUUCAUAUUUUUUUUAACCUAAAAUCUACUGUGGCCAAGAAGAGAACCUCAAUCUGUGAUACUGCAGAGCAGGACAUGCCUAAAGAUAAUGGCAUGAUAUACUUGUACCAUGUACACCACAUGGUUAAAAACAAGAAGUUGGGCUGGGGAUGUGGCUCAAGCGGUAACGCGCUCACCUGGCAUGCGCGGGGCACUGGGUUUGAUCCUCAGCACCACAUUAAAAAAAAAAAAGUUGUGUCCACCGAGAACUGAAAAAUAAAUAUUAAAAAAUUCUCUCUCUCUCUCUCUAAAAAAAAAAAACAAGAAGUCAUCACUUUUAUCUUAAAAAUUUUUACAUGACUGUAGAGUAUAUUUUGAAAUGUUAUACAUAUACAGAAUGAAUAUAACUUAUUCCAGUUAGGAUCCCAUUAUUGUGGUUGCCCAUGAUGUGGAGUUACUUUGGUUGUAUAUUCAUAUAUGCGGAUAGGAAAUAUAUAUCCAAUUCAUUAUAUUGUCUUUCCUUAUUCUCAUCCUUCCUCCCUUCCCUUAAUUCCCCUUGUCUAGUCCAACAAACUUCUAAUCAAGAAGUCAUCACUUUUAUUUGAGCUUUUGGGUGAUGAUAGUAAUUCUCUAGUAUUUCAGAAUAUUGAAAAUAUCACAAUGAUAUUCUGUUGAACUUGGUGAUCUGUGACUUUAAAAUCUGAGUACCCUAGAAAGGAAAUCUAAGAUUGCUGUAGGAAAGAUAAUUGGUAGUUGAAAAUAUUGUAGAAAAUGGAAUCCUGAUGGAGUUGGAAUGCAUCAUCUAAAUGAAGAAUGACUAUUGCCCCUGUUGGAAUACCAUAGUGAGUAGAGAGGAUUUAAAUAGGUGUAAAUGGCAGUAGGGAGAAAGGAGGUAGAGUGGCUUCACACACAAUGUUAAAACCAUGUGGAAUACUGUUUUUGACUUUUAGUUGUUCAUUUAAAUCAAAUUGACAAAAGUAUUUAUUUAUUCUAUUAUUAAAAAUAUUAAUCCUCGCUGUAACAGACAGUGGGCUAGGUGUUAGAUGAAAAAACCAGCUUUUGGUUACAGUUUACAAGUAAGAGACAUUAUAUAUUUAGUUAAGUGGGUAUCUGCUAAUUACAAAUUAGGUGCUAUGAAGAAAAAGUAUGGGACAAGAGAAGGGAGUAUAAAGUAAAGAUCUCCUUUGAAGAAAUGACAUUUAAACUGAGACCUCAGGUUUGGGUAGGAAAGCCAGAAAAAAGAGAAGAACUUUUCAUGAGUAGAAUUAUAUGUAUGAAAAUUCUGAGGCAACAAAUAAAUUUUGUUUAUUUAAGGAACUGCAAGGAUAUACAUGGGGUUACAGCUUGUGUGUUAAAGGGAAAAUAGCAUAUAAUAAAAGAUAUUGCUUUUUCUUAUGACAUGUUUUGGUAUUUGUUUCGGUUGAAGGGAAAGAAGCAGACAAUUGGUAUUUCUUUAAAAUAUUUAUUUUUAGUUUUAGGUGGACACAACAUCUUUAUUUUAUUUUUAUGUGGUGCUGAGGAUCAAACUCAGUGCCUCAUGCAUGCUAGGCGAGCACUCUACCACUGAGCCACAAUUUCAGCCCAGCAAUUGGUAUUUUAAAUGUUGACCUCUAAAUUAAUUUUUUUUUUAUACAGACCUGGAAAACUGGCUAGAGUGAUUUUGGCUCCAAGAAAACUGGGAAUUUCUUUCAGUUGUUUGGUUUUUUUUUUCAAAACAAAUAUUAUAUUUCUGAGAUUAUAUUUUUGGUAUCUUUGAUCUGUCAGCCAAAGUAAUCAUGGAAUUAAAAUAUUUACCAUAUAAUCAAGUUGAAUCCAUAUAUAGAUUUUUAUUGUUUAGAUUGCCCCCUCCUCCAGCCUUAUUUUUCCAACCUAUGCUUUAUGAUUAAAAAAAUUCCAGUAGUUAGGAACUGAGCAAACAUACACCUAGAUAAAUUGUCUAAUGGAAAUGUAUCACGCUCAUGCAGAACAGUAGUGGCUUUUAUGCAAUAUUCAGGCAUCCUAUUAAAAUUGAUGAAUAGUGAUGUUUUCAACCAUCUUAAGAUAAAAAGUAAGUUAACUGAAUUUUCUUAAUCUUGUUAUAAUUUUGAAAAGAUUUCUUUUUUGCUUUACCAUACUUAUUUAAAUAAAAACAAGUAGCAAAUAUAAUGGAAGGCUCAUAAGGUAGCCUAGUAUUCUUAAUUUAAUGGUUUUUAUUUGUGUUGGGCAUGAGUUAGAGGUUAUCUUGUUUAAGCAUAUAAUAUUGUUAUACGUUACCAAAAAUUGCUAGUUUUAAUUAUGGAAUUAAAUACAUAUCAUCAUGUCAUGAUAAUCUAGAAAAAGCAUCUAGUUUUUAACAUGAACAUAUCUGAUAAACAAUGGAAUAUAAAGUUUGGCAUUUCUACAUGAUGAUGAUUCUCUUAUUUAAAAAUAAUACCAUUAAAUGGUAUAAAGACA